AUAUAUAAUGCAAUGACAAGAAAUGGCAUAAUCAGCGAUGCUUUCGCAGCUGCUCUCAUUGGCGAAGUACCUUAUGAGACCAUCUUCAAUCUAAUUAAGUAUAUAAAGAAAGAGAAGGAGUAUCUUCCUUGGCAAGAAGCAAUAAAUGGCUUCUCCGCUGUACUGAAGUACUUCAGCACUGAACCGGAGGCCGAGUACGCGGAGGUGCCUAUGUUAACAUUCAUUUAUGCUCAUGCGAAAUAA